AUUUUAUAUUGAAUAUCAAAAUAAAAAGAAAGUAUAUGUAUUACAUUCUACCAUUAAUAAAGUAAUUACGAAGUAUUUCUGAUGAUAAUUGUCUUGAUUUAUUAAAUCAUUUAUUUUAGAUAGACAUAAAUUAUAUUUGAUAAAAAAAAUGAAUAAAAAUUUGAGUCUUUCAUUUUCAAAAUCAUCUACUAAACCUUCUUCACUAGAUUUAGACUCACCCUCAGAUCAAGAAAAUUCUCCAAUAUUAUCAUUUCUUGAAAAAUAAAAAAAGAGAGCAGUAUCAUAUAUCGGAUUUAGAGUAGUGACAAUUCAAGUUAAAGCAAAUCAUGCAUAUUAUAUGGUAAUGAAUAUUUGCCAUAAAUUUUAGAUAGAAGUAAAUGAAUAUGGAACAAAGUGGAUAAUGAUGACCCGUUUUAGUGUUCUAUAAACAUUCUAUAAAGGGUUAAGUAGACUCUUUGAGGUGAAAUGCACUCUUUCUUCGCAUUUUGAAUUCAAUCAAUUAAGUCCUAGAAACCUGAAAAAAAGAGCAAUAAAAAUUCAAACGUUUUUGAAUUAAAUUGGGAACAAUUUCAAAAUUCUAAAUUCUAAGUAUUGCUAACAAUUUUUAAAUGAGUAAAAGUGUUUGGGAUAAGUAUUGAUUGAUUACACAAAAGAACAGAAUCUCGUUUUAGAAGCUUGA